UGGAGGGAGCAGGACAGGGCCGCGAGUCCAAGCAGGAAUGAACACAAGGGAGAAGACCAGAAGGAGACCGAGAUGUGGGUCCAGUUCUGGGAUCACAGCCUCCAUAUGCGUCCUGCAUGGGACAUACCAAGCACACGCAUGCACUGGGAGCACCCUACACAGCCCUCUGUGGGCCUGAGGGGAGCCGGCACCGGUGCAGCAGCCUGGAGGUCUGACCUUGUGGGAUCGGCAGCACCAGAUACGCCCAGCUCCUCGGCAAGGCCGGCAGGCCAUCAGCAGGACUGGGGAAGAGGGGUCAGGACGGUAUAGGGGAGACACGGGGGCAGGUGUAGAAGGAGAUGAGAACCAGUUACACAGGACAAUGGACUGCACAGUGAAGAACUAAUGGAGCCACAAAGAUACACCGAUCUCGGAUUUGGGGUCACUGAAUUAGAGGGUGGGAAGCCAGUCACCCCGACUCCUAUUCCUCUUGGGAAGGUGCCCAUCUUGGUGGCGUCAAGACCAUCGUAAAGACGUCUGCUGGCGGGGGUGGCCCGGGAUUUGUUGUGCGGGGGGAGGGGCAUGGGCCGGGCACUCCUCCGGUUCGGGGCAGGCAGAGUGCCAGGCACCUGCUCCAGGUGAAGCGGCACCUGCCAGAAACCGAACGCCGAGGACUCGGAUGGCUAGGGCGUGGGGACCAGAGGCACCGGGACCGGACGCUGGCAGUGGGGGCCUCCCGCUGCUCCUGCUGACUCUCGGGGAGGCCCGGAGGAGGGGGUGCGGCGGUAGAAUCGCGAACGGCACCCCUUCCUCCGAGCAGGUUGCGCCUCCACCUGCUACCAGGGCCUGCGCGGGCUCCCGAUGGGGACCUCAUCCCAGGCUCUACCGGUGCCCCGGGGUCCUCCGCGCCGUCCGGCCACCCCGCGGGUGCGGACAAGUCGCCUACCUGCACAGCGUCGCCGGCCAUGUCCUCCGGCCACCCUCCAGGGGUCCCAGCGCCGAGGGAGGGCUUGUGAGCGCGCGAGCGGGCGGGCGCGGCGGGAGGCGCGGCGCCCAGACCCUCCCUGGCGCGCUGCGCGCUCCGGCCUUGCUCGCGUUCCGCCCGGCCUGGCCAGGCCUCCGCCGAGCUGCGCCCUCGGGCCCCGGCGGCUGCAGGACGGAUCACGUGAGCGCUGAGGUCCGCGCCUGGGGAGGAGGCGGGGCGGGGGCGGGGCGGGGCUCCCGGCGGCCCCCGGGGCUUGCAGCGUGGAGUGGGGUCCCUAUGCUCCGCGGAGCUUGUGCUCCUCGCAGCGUGCAGGAACUCUGAGCAAGCCUAAGCCUCCACGAGCUGCACGAGGCCUUGUCCCCAACCCCCGCCCUGGACCCCAAAGAAAGCAAAAGUCACUAUCAGUCUCCCUACCGCCCAGACGCACAGACCUACUUCCCAUUUACCCAAAGGCAAGCGCUGGGAGAACUUGACUUCAAAUCCCAGUGCCCCAGGACUUGGGAGACCACCGCACCCCUCAGGGCAAGCAUAUCCGUAAAACUUAAUGAGGAAGAGCAAGCCAAAAGUAGAGAACUCAGUGCACAAUAAGCACCAGCAGCUGUCACUUUUAUCUCGUUUUGAAGACUUUUGAUUUAUGUGUAUUAGAAAUAAGUUCAGGGUGGCAGAGAGAGAGCCCACCAUUCUAACGGAAAUGUCUGAAUGAGGCAAUCUUUACUGGACAGUGUGCUGGGGAAAAAAAAAACAAACACAAGGAGACAGGAAGUGUAUUUGGCUUUUAUUCUUAACUCAGGUGACCUCACAAUCUUAUUCAAUUGGCUAGUCUGAAAAAAAUUGAUGCAGAGGAAAUGGAGGAGGAAGGGGAAAGGGAUCACUGCUUCAAGCCAUCAAAUUCCUAGAACUGGAUGGGAAGGAUUUAUACAUCUCUGUAAGUCUUAUAAGGUA